UAGCUGAACGGGCCAGUGUGCACACCGCCUGCAGAUUCUGCUGACAGAGCCCGUCCCACCAUGAGAUAAUGCCAUUCCACAGAGAUCCACACUAAAGCCCCUCUUUUCUGCCCCACAGGUAUAUAAAGAGGGGGCGGCUGCAGAGGAGAGGGCACGCACCACUUGGGACCCCUACUCUUCUCUACUACUAUUACUGCCUUUGUAUCUCUCCCACUGCAGCUCUUGUCCUCCCUCUCGCCUCUCUCUCUCUCUACUCCUAACGGAACACAGGCACUAGCCAGCCGAGCUAAAGCCGAGCAGCGAGAAAUUGCUUUAUUUUGUUUAGCCCGUUGAGCUAAAACCUAACCUACACUACUAUGGAUAUUGCCAUCCAGCACCCCUGGUUCAGACGCGCCAUGGGCUCCAUGUAUCCUGCCCGUCUCUUUGAUCAGUUUUUUGGGGAGGGCAUGUUCGACUACGACCUGUUCCCCUACGCUGCCUCCACCAUCAGCCCCUACUACAGACAGUCGCUGUUCCGCAACUUCCUGGACUCCACCAACUCUGGCAUGUCUGAGGUGAGGUCCGACAGGGACAAGUUCUCGGUCUUCAUGGAUGUGAAGCACUUCUCUCCUGAUGAACUCAACGUGAAGGUGACUGAUGACUAUGUGGAGAUCCAGGGCAAGCAUGGAGAGAGACAGGACGACCACGGUUACAUCUCGCGUGAGUUCCACCGCCGCUAUCGCCUCCCCUCCAGCGUGGACCAAUCGGCUAUCUCCUGCACACUGUCCACCGACGGCCUCCUGACCCUGUGUGGCCCAAAGGUCACCGGUGGCGGUGGCGACCUCGGCCGUGGCGACCGCAGCAUCCCCGUCACCCGUGACGACAAGACUAACGCCGCCCCCUCCUCUUAAGAAGACGGGCGUGUGGCGUGCUGCCGGCCGGGUGGCACCGGGGAUGGGGGGGAGGGGUCGAUGGGCGGGAGGGGGCAUGCAGAGGGGGCUUCUCUUCCAAAUAAAGCAGCCAUGUGGCUGGGGCUGGGGCAGGGUGGGGGGGGGCUGAACAACACAUUCCUUUACCCCCAAAGUCUCCCUCCCCCCUCGCUCCUCUUCCUUCCCCUCGCCACCCUACCCCGAUCCCUCUCUCCCUGACUCCACACCUAGAAGAUAUCAGUGUAUUUCUAGCCUAAUAUUUUCUCCUUUUUUAGACUUCGCUAGACUAUUAUGGCAAUAUUCAUAUUCUGGUUCUGAUUCUGAUGACUCAUGACCCAUGAGGACGGAUAAAGAGAGGGAUGGUUGGGGCUUGGGGGACAACAACAAAACAAAAGGAUUUAAGAGAGGGUCACAUGACUUAACCCUGGCUUUCUACUUCCUGUGUAAACAAACAACACCCCAGGGGUACCAUGGGUAAUAUUUCACCCAGUGAGGAAGCUGCCGUCUUUCUCCUGGCUGUACUGAAGGGCUUUACUGAGCAACUCUUCCUAAGAGUAAGAAAGAGAGGGAGGGAGGGA